AAGAGGCAUGCGCAACGUAAAGUGAACCUUUUAGAGACGCCAUUGCGUUUGUGAGAUUGUAGUUUGAAUAUUUCUCUUCACCGAUGGAAACCCAAUGAAGCAAAUAGGUGAUCGAACUCCAAGCCCCAGGAACCUUUCUCCUGUUUUUUUUCUGUCAGAAUAGGGGGAGAAGUCACAGCUGGGACGAUAAUAAAAUGCACAUGAAUUUACUAUCUAGCAACAACGAAUAGACUACAAGAGGAAGUUUCAAAAAGCGGAGAACUCGGUAAUGUGAGUCUUAGCGAGCGUUUAAACAUGUGUACAAAUGCAUGUGGUUACAUCGUUUUUUAUCGAUAAGGCAACUUGAAUCUUCGUUUUCUUCGAUUGUUGGAGUUUUUGGAGAAGUUUUUGCUGUCCACGGAUCCAAUGUUGCCUUUUUCAGAAGGUGAAGGUAAUGUAGGUUUUCUGUGGUCAGGGCGGAUUUCUGACUCCAGUACUGUGAGGGGACACCAUUCAAGAACAUGACGUUUGGAAUGGUGACCGCCUCUUGCAGUGAGCGUUGGGGAAUCGAUCUACCACGUCCGGAGCAUCCACAAUGCAUACUGCACACAUCUCUUGCCUUGAAGAGUGAGUGGAGGCCAUUUAGUGCAAUCAAUAGGCUUUGUCCAUGAAUUGAUUGCCAGGUAUCUGUCUGAGAAGUCAAUGGGGAGGAAAGUUUGACUAUUGCUGUUGACGAACACUGCUCAUGAUACUUUGAAGACCUUGCAUUUCAUGUCUCCUAGAAUGAGUAUUGAGUGUUCCUUCAACCUAGUGUCUGUGCUUAGUGUUUCAGUGGUGCCUCAUUUAACAAGGCAUCACUGACAGUUCCAUUACUUUACAUUUUGCAUCAUCUCUGCCAUUGGAAGAAACCCAAUGUCUGCCUGCAGCAGCUCAACUCCUCCGUCCUUUCCUAAAGCCUACCUCCACUCACAACUCCCAGUCCUGCCUCCGACCCCCUCACCAUCGCCGAGCCCCCCAGCACCCCUCUACAGCCGCCUGUCCAACGGGAGUCACAGAAGUCACACUCACAGCGCUCCCAGUCCCACCAACUCCCGCAGCUCUUUCCAUGGAGUGUCCUUCCUCCUCCAGAUUGGCCUGACCAGAGAGAUGGUGAACCUGGAGAACCAUGACCUGUCGCUGUCUGCUGUCAAAGACCUGGUCUGCUCUAUUGUUGACCAAAAGUUCCCGGAGUGUGGCUUCUUUGGCAUGUAUGACAAGAUCCUGCUCUUCCGCCAUGACCUGACCUCUGAGAACAUUCUCCAGAGGCUGACGUCAGCAGAAGAUAUCCAUGAGGGAGAUCUGAUAGAGGUGGUGCUCUCUGCUUUAGCCACAGUAGAGGACUUCCAGAUCCGCCCCCAUGCCCUCUAUGUCCACUCAUACAAAGCCCCCACCUUCUGUGACUACUGUGGGGAGAUGCUAUGGGGCCUCGUCCGGCAGGGGCUCAAAUGUGAAGGUUGUGGGCUGAACUACCACAAGCGCUGCGCCUUUAAGAUACCCAACAACUGCAGUGGGGUGAGGAAGAGACGUCUGUCCAACGUGUCCCUGCCGGGCUCUUCGCUCUCAGUCCCCCGGCCCCUCCCCGGUCCCACUGAACAUGCGGUGGUAUUCCCGGAGGAGCGCUGCCACCAGGAGGCAGGGAAGAGGAUCCUGUCGUGGAGUGGCCGGCCCAUCUGGAUGGAGAAGAUGGUGCUGGGGCGAGUCAAGGUGCCUCACACCUUCGCCAUCCACACCUACACGCGGCCAACCAUCUGCCAGUACUGCAAACGCCUGCUCAAGGGCCUCUUCCGCCAGGGCAUGCAGUGCAAAGAUUGUAAAUUCAAUUGCCAUAAGCGGUGUGCAUCAAAGGUACCAAGAGACUGCUUGGGCGAGGUUUCCUUCAAUGGAGAGCCUGCCAGCCCAGGGCCUGACUCUGACAGUACCAUGGAGGUGGACAGUAGUGAUGUGGAGAGCACUAGAGGACUACUGGAUGACUCUGACGAACCUUCAACCCCAGACGACAAGAUGUUCUAUAUGGACUCUCCUUUUCUGGACCGCGAGAAGGACGAGGAGCCCAUCAAGACCAUCAGCCCAUCCACCAGCAGCAACAUCCCUCUGAUGCGGGUGGUCCAGUCCAUCAAACAGACCAAGAGGAGGAGCUCCACCAUGGUGAGGGAGGGCUGGAUGGUCCACUACACCAGCAGAGACAACCUGAGGAAGAGACACUACUGGAGGUUGGACACCAAGAGCCUCAGCCUGUUUCAGAACGACACUGGAGCCAAGUUCUAUAAGGAGAUCCCUCUCUCAGAGAUCCUGCAGGUGGAACAAUCAAGUGACUUUAGCAGCCUAGCCCAGAGCAGCAACCCACACUGCUUUGAAAUCAUCACCUCCACCAUGGUCUACUAUGUAGGGGAGAACCACGGAGUCCACUACAACAGCCCCGCUUUGGCAGCUUCAGGCGUGGGCAUGGAGGUGGCCCAGGGCUGGGAGAAGGCCAUCCGGCAGGCCCUGAUGCCUGCCACGCCCCAGCCCAGUGUGGCCACCGCAACCGGGCAGAGCAAGGACCACAAACAGGAGUUGUCUGUCAGCAUAUCUGUGUCGAACUGCCAGAUAAAGGAGAAUGUGGAUAUCAGCUCUGUGUACCAGAUCUUCUCUGACGAGGUUCUAGGAUCUGGUCAGUUUGGGAUUGUGUAUGGAGGGAAACACAGAAAGACUGGAAGAGAUGUUGCCAUCAAGGUGAUUGACAAAAUGAGGUUCCCUACCAAGCAGGAGAGCCAACUGAGGAAUGAAGUGGCCAUUCUCCAGAACCUUCACCAUCCUGGCAUCGUCAACCUGGAGUGUAUGUUCGAGACGCCAGAGAGGGUGUUUGUUGUCAUGGAGAAGCUCCAUGGAGACAUGUUGGAGAUGAUCCUGUCCAGUGAGAAGAGCAAGCUCCCAGAACGCAUCACCAAGUUCCUGGUCACACAGAUCCUGGUGGCUUUGAGACAUCUGCAUUUCAAGAAUAUCGUCCACUGUGACCUGAAGCCUGAGAAUGUGCUGCUGGCCUCAGCAGAACCCUUCCCUCAGGUUAAACUGUGUGACUUUGGCUUUGCCCGUAUCAUUGGUGAGAAGUCGUUCAGGCGUUCGGUGGUGGGUACCCCAGCCUACCUGGCCCCAGAGGUGCUGCGUAGUAAGGGCUACAACCGCUCCUUGGACAUGUGGUCAGUGGGGGUCAUCAUUUACGUCAGCCUUAGUGGCACCUUCCCCUUCAACGAGGACGAGGACAUUAACGAUCAGAUCCAGAACGCUGCCUUCAUGUACCCACCCCAGCCAUGGAAGGAGAUCUCUGCAGAAGCUACUGAUCUCAUUAAUAACCUCCUACAAGUGAAGAUGAGGAAGCGGUACAGUGUGGACAAGUCUCUCAGCCAUCCUUGGCUACAGGACUACCAGACAUGGCUGGACCUCAGGGAGUUUGAAACACGGCGUGGCGAGCGUUACAUCACUCACGAGAGUGAUGAUGGGCGUUGGGAGGAGCAUGCAGACGAGCACAGCCUGAUCCACCCAAAACACUUCAUCAUGGCACCCAACCUGGACGAUAUGGAGGAGGACCCCUAGUGGCCUGUAGGACAUGUUACAGGCUACAGGUGUCGUCAAGAGGAAAACCAUAGGAACCUCUGCAGGUUAUGGACCUUUGGAAGCAUUCCCUUUAAAAAUGGUUGGGAAAGGAUCAGACACCCAUGUGCAGGGGCUGUGUGACAGGGAGACAUUCUGACCCAAGACUCUAUGGUUGGACACUGCCACAGGGAACAGACAGGUGGCACUGUGGAGGCGUCUGACUCUAUGACACGGCAGUGUAACCAAAAACGUUGGGUGAAGGACUUUUUUACAUGACUUUUUUUUAUUUUUUUUAUGUUGUAGAAUCAUUCUAUGAUGAAGCUUAAUUUCAUUGCUCCUUUAAGGAAAUGCAUCAUCAUUGCAAGGCAAAUGACAAUUAAGAAAUACAAUUUCCUCAACAUAGGGAGUGAAAGUAAUGGUAUGCUAUUCUACCUGUGAAGGGCUUACAGAGUGAGCUUAAAGGGCACUUUUUACAAGGGAUUUGUAUCCACAGAAAGAUUGGAAUGCUUAGGUAUUUGCAAACAUAACUUUGUGCUUAUACCAAUAUUGUUUUUAAAGUCCUUUGACGGUAUGAAACUGGAACUCUCAUGUGUAUGUUAUGUUUGACUAAUGGGGGUACAUUUUUUGCACUAUACUACCAUCCACCCUAACAAUUUGAAGAUGAAAAGUUAGCGCUGCUGCAUCAGGUUCCCUGGAGAAAACUACCAAAGGACAGAAAUGGUUGACUGCGUCUCAACUUGACGUUUGUGGUAAGAGCUUGAUACAGUAAUUCCUAAAGUAGGUGAGUAGUAUGAAGUUUGUGAAAAAGGCUGCAAUACAAAGCCAUUAGUAGAGCACCUAUCAAAUAAGCAAGUCAAUUUAAAAUCUGAGGGACAAAAGACUCCAACUUGUUGAUAUUAUUGAUGUUCCAUUUUCCUGGUUUUUCACAGCCCAUGACCAAUAACUAAUCGUUUUUUAUAAUGACAGUCUUAUCAUUGUCUCACUCUACUUCAUUGACGAAAUGGAUUUACUACGUACAUUCCAUGCAGGGUUGAAAGCAAGACUGGUGAUGGGACUACCACACCUUCAAGGUAUUACAGUAGCUGUCUACUGUAUGUGAAAGAGACUUGGUUGAACCAAGGCCACUCCAGGUCCUUGUAUCAGGCUAUGCCAGCUGAAUAGGAGGGACUGAGAAAUGGGCUUACUACGGGGUUUAUCAUGAGGGGCCAAGCCUUCAUUACAAGGGCUCCAUCAUGCCAAUACCAUGCAUGGGUGCAAGGUAUACAACAUUGUUCUAUCCGUUCAUUUGAAUUUGUGAAGCAAACGGAGAGAUGAGAAACACAUUUUACUCAUUGGUGAGUGUUUGGAAUAGCCUAUUGUGAGCAUCUAUUGUGUUUUUCUACAUCUUCUACUUUCAUGGAGUUGAUCUUGAAUAUCACAGUGAAUUACAGCCCUAAUUCUGGAAUAUGUCAGUGCAGUGCACUGUUGGUUUCUCAAUGAACAUUCCUGUUCUGCUUUAUGUCUCCCCCAAGGUUACCAAAGUAUGUUUCACCCGUAAUUACAUUUUGAUUUGACGACCAUUAACUACAUUUCAACGCCUGUGUCCAUCUCAAGCAGUCCCUAUGCCCAGAGGAAGCUGUAGCCGAAAGCCUAUGGUGUUAGUGGGCUAUUAAGUGGGAGGAUAGAUCCUGGUUCAGGCUCUACUGGUCGUUAAUCUGGGAGAAUGAAGGUGGAUCUAUUUGUAUUGUCCUGUUCUUGUCUGUGUUGCCGCUGGAUUGGCAGGUGUCAGUGUUUUGUAUAUUUUAGUACAUACACAUUUAAUAAAACUCUACUUCUUUACAUA